UAACAGUGGAGUCCAUUGUCACAGAGAGUUACAGAUAUGAAGCUUUUGUUCAGUAGUUUCAGUCGUCAUGAACCCAGCAAAUUGGGCUAUGGUGCAUUAUCCAUGGGAUUCCUUCUUCUUUCUUUCUGUUACCUCUCCCUUCUCUUCAAAUCCCAUCAGAUUCCUUCACCUAACUUGAAUUUGCAGGUGGAGAAUGUAAGUAAGAAGGUUGAAGAUGGGGAUCCUCCCACCUCUAAGAAGGUUGAAGAAGGGGAUUCUCCCACCUCAUCACAACAUGGUCUACAGUUCAAGGCAGAAAUCCAACCAACAGUCGAGAUAUUGCCAAUCUGUAACACGAAGAACAAACGGUUCGAUAUCUGCAAACUAGAAGGAGACAUAAGGAUCCACCCCAACUCCUCCACCAUCUUUCUCCUCACUUCUUCUCCCCCCUCCUCAUGGGGACUUCCAGUGGGCCGAAACUCAUGGAAAAUCCAGCCGUAUGUCCGAAAGGGCGAUGUCACGGCCAUGCAAAAUGUCAAAGAUAUCACUGUAAAACCCUUCGAAUCCUCUGUCAUAACAUCAAACUCUUCUCUAGAAAAUCUAUCUUAUUAUGUCAAAAUUCCGAAGUGCACUGUUAGACAUGAAAUUCCAGCUAUCAUUUUCUCGACCGGAGGAUACACUGGCAACCUCUUCCACGAUUUCACGGAUGUUUUGGUCCCGCUCUACAUUACAUCCCACCGUUUUGAUAGAGAGGUCCAAUUUGUUAUUUCCGACAUGAACAUUUGGUGGAUCAGGAAAUUUCAGCAUAUUCUGAAACAACUCUCUGGCCAUGACCCCGUCAACUUUGGAGAUGAGGCUGAGGUCCAUUGUUUCUCCAGUGCGAUUGCCGGCCUCGAAUUUCACCGGGAACUCGGCACUCAUGCUGGAAAGCUCCAAAAUACAUCCUCAAAUGAAUUGAGGACGGAGUCUAUGUUCGACUUUAGAGCACUCCUGAGGAGGGCCUACUUUCUUGAGAGAGAGAGGGUUGUCUUAGAGGGUGGCAGGAAGCCAAGGCUACUUCUCAUUAAUCGAAGUCGGUCACGGAAGUUUGAGAACGCCAAAGAAAUUAUGAGACGAAGUGAGAAGCUUGGUUAUGAGGUGGUGACAGUGGAGGCUAACUGGAGCACAAAUAUGACAUUGUUAGCUCAAAUUGUGAAUUCUUGUGAUGUUAUGGUCGGGGUGCAUGGAGCCGGGCUCACAAACAUGGUGUUAUUGCCGGCUGGAGCUGUCGUGAUUCAGAUUGUGCCUCUCGGUAGGCUUGAAGGCCUAGCUUCCUACGACUUUGGGGACCCAGCUGUGGCCAUGGAUCUCCACUACCUUGAUUACAGGAUAAAACCAGAAGAGAGUUCUCUAAUCAAAGAGAUCCCAAGAGAUGAUCCUGCGUUAGUAGACCCUAUUUCUCUCCAUAAAAAGGGUUGGGGGGCACUUAGGACCGUGUAUUUGGAUAAACAGGAUGUGAGGGUUGAUUUGAGAAGGUUUGAGAAGGUUUUGAAGAAGGCGAAGAUGCUGCUAUACAGCAGGGCUUGAGAGAACAGGGCCAUCCAGGGGAUUUCCUAAAAAUUUUUGUGGGCAUAUCUUUUCAAAGAUUUCGUACAUAGAAAACAUAAAUUCAUGAGGAUUUCAUGGAGAAACUUGGGCAAUUUGGUAGUUUGGCAGUUUCUUUUGGAUACAUAUACUAAUGGAUUCAUCAUAGUUGGUGGCUGUAAUUUCCUAGUGUACUUAUU